AUGGCGAUGCAGAGAUUAUGCACCAAGCUUCGGUCUUUGUCCGUACACUCAACCCAAACUCUACCAUCUUUUUCUUCGUCUUUCCUCUGUUCUUCUCCUCUUCUUCACCAGCCUCUCCCUUUCGCUUCAAAUAACAACAAAUGGAGCUUAAGGUCACUUUUCAAUGCCCAUUCACCAACCCAACCUUCGCUAGCUAUCGCCACUCUUCGCCAUUCAACAUUCCCUAUCUCGAUGCUUCAAGUGCGGCAUGUUUCUUCAAGAGAGCGUAAGAAGAGGAGAAAGCCAAUGACACCAGUCACUUCCAAGUUAAAGAAAACCAAAAUAAAGGCUUACUCGUCUUACAAGUCCAGGUUUAGGACAAUGAAUGAUGGGAAAAUUCGACGGUGGAGGGAGGGCAAGCGUCACAACGCACAUUUGAAGUCGAAGAUAUCUAAGCGUAGACUCAGACUACCUGCCUUAGUCCAUCCUGCUUAUGCUAAAGUGAUGAAGAAGCUCAAUUUCUGCGGUUAA